AUGGUGAAACUCGCAGAAUUCAGCGUCGAACGGUGGAUGGACCUCUACGAGAACGACGCCCAGCACAACCUCGCAGAGACAUGCUGCGCCUCCAUCUCGUUGAACGAUAUCCUCCAAUUUUCCGGCGCCUCAUCGUCGGACGUCCCGCCACUCAUCGAUUUCUCCCGCAAGCAGACGUACGGCGCCAUCCGUGGAUCCACCGGGCUGCGAGAGAACAUUGCGAAGCUCUAUCAGGGUUCUAGCGUCGCUUUGCAAGGACACGGGCAGCAGCAGCAGCAGCAGCAGGGCGCAUCUCCCGCAGGCAUCACCGCAGAGCAGGUGCUUGUAACCACCGGCGCCAUCCAUGCUAAUUUUCUGGCCCUCUACACGCAGGUCGGACCGGGUGACCAUGUUAUCUGCCACUACCCGACGUAUCAGCAACUGUACUCGGUUCCCGAGUCGCUCGGUGCGGAGGUGAGCCUGUGGCGCUCUUCGGCCGAGAAUGGGUGGGCUCUGGAUUUGCAGGAGCUGCGGGGGUUGAUCCGGGCGAACACGAAGGUUAUUAUCCUCAAUAACCCCCAAAACCCCACGGGCGCGAUCCUUCACCGCGAAUUCCUGCGCAGUGUCGUCGAGAUCGCCCGGGAACAUAACCUUAUCGUCCAUUGUGACGAGGUCUAUCGCCCAAUGUUCCACUCCCUGCCGCAGGGAGAGACUUCUCCGCCCUCGAUCCUGGAAUUCGACUAUGAGAAUCUUGUCUCCACGGGGUCGAUGAGUAAGGCUUUCAGUCUGGCGGGUUUGCGGAUUGGGUGGAUUGCGUCCCGGAACCAGAGGAUCAUUGAGGCAUGCGCCUCGAGUCGUGAUUAUACCCUGAUCUCUGUGAGCCAGGUUGAUGAUGAGAUCGCGACGCGCGCGUUGAGUUCUCCGUGCAUAGAAAAUCUCUUGUCCAGGAAUCUGGAUCUUGCGAGAACGAAUUUGGAUGUCCUUGAGACGUUUCUGAAAGAGUUCAGCUGGGCGGUGCAAUGGGUGAGACCGCAGGCGGGCACGACAGCGUUUGUCAAGUUUGUGAAUCGGCAGGGAAGCCCUGUUGACGAGGUGGUGCUUUGUGAGCGACUGAUGGAGACAACCGGCGUUAUGUUGGUGCCCGGGGGUAGAUGCUUUGGCGAGAGUGUUGAUUUCACGGGCUAUGUGCGUGUCGGCUAUGUACCGGAACGGGAGGUGUUGGAGCGUGGAUUGGCGGCUUGGAAAGUGUUUAUGCGGGAGGAGUAUGAGCAAUUGCCCAUUGUUUGAGGCUCUGGCCUGGUAACCAGAAGUGAUGGAGCAAGAUUGUGUCCCCAAUAGGAGCGAG